GUUUGGAUGAUAUUAGAUUGUAGUCUUUAUUUGUUGUAAACCGAUAGAUCCUAUAACCAGCGACAGAUGGAUCAAAGAGGAGCAGCUUCAUCUCCAGUCUCUUAAAAUACCACAAUCGAAGGUUUCCUUCCAGCCGCUGCUGCAGCGUGGGGUUUCCCAGCGCCGACUGCAGGGUCACCGCGCCCAUCUCGUCGUUCGAUGGCCGCACCAGCGUCCUAGCACGGGGAGCAAAAGUGAUAACCGCUGCAAAGUGUCAAGAGUAGACCGUCUGCUUCAUGAAGAAGACUAGUUUAUUGGUUUGUUUGUUUUAGUUGGUCGUUUAGGACUGUCAGCGCAGUCCUCAGCUCACGGUUAGUGGGUGUGAUUCUCUUUCCCCCCUCUCACCCUCCCCUCUCCGCCUGGUUGUCAAGCUCCCCAGCCGUAGCCUGCGUUCGGGAAGGGCUGCUCCACGGAAAACUACGCUAGCUGGGUUGGCUAGUUAGUAAGCUAGCGCUGUGCUGUUCGUUGAUGCGUGAAUCGAAGGAAUACACCGAUUUGUUUUCCAGUCAAUGCCAAAACGCAAACACAGACGCAAAUUGAAUCAGAUCAAAAGUACCCUGGUUGUUGGAGUAAGGUUAUAAAUAAGGCAGAUUAAAAUGAGUGAACUGGACCAGUUACGCCAAGAGGCAGAUCAACUCAGAAAUCAGAUCAGAGAUGCUAGGAAAGCUUGUGCAGACGCCACGCUAGCGCAGAUCACAGCUAAUAUUGACCCCGUCGGGCGAAUUCAAAUGCGCACAAGACGAACACUGCGCGGUCAUUUGGCUAAAAUCUAUGCCAUGCACUGGGGUUCAGACUCGAGGCUCCUGGUCAGCGCCUCUCAAGAUGGGAAGCUCAUUAUUUGGGAUAGUUAUACCACAAACAAGGUUCAUGCCAUUCCACUUCGAUCCUCCUGGGUCAUGACUUGUGCAUAUGCACCAUCAGGAAAUUAUGUUGCGUGUGGUGGCUUAGACAACAUCUGUUCCAUUUACAACCUGAAAACACGUGAGGGCAAUGUACGCGUGAGCCGUGAGCUGGCCGGACAUACAGGAUACCUCUCCUGCUGUCGUUUCCUUGAUGACAACCAGAUUGUUACAAGCUCUGGAGAUACCACUUGUGCACUUUGGGACAUUGAAACAGGGCAGCAGACAACCACAUUUGCGGGACACACCGGCGACGUCAUGAGUCUUUCUCUGGCUCCGGACUCCCGGUUAUUCGUCUCUGGUGCUUGUGAUGCCUCUGCUAAACUCUGGGACAUCCGGGAGGGCAUGUGCAAACAGACGUUCACCGGUCACGAGUCUGACAUCAAUGCCAUCUGUUACUUCCCUAAUGGCAACGCCUUUGCCACGGGCUCCGACGAUGCCACCUGCAGACUGUUUGAUCUGCGUGCCGAUCAGGAAUUAAUGGUCUACUCCCAUGACAACAUUAUAUGCGGCAUCACCUCAGUUGCAUUCUCAAAGAGCGGACGCCUGCUUCUGGCUGGAUACGACGACUUCAACUGUAACGUGUGGGACACACUAAAAGCAGACCGUGCAGGUGUGUUGGCUGGACAUGACAACCGCGUUAGCUGCCUGGGAGUUACUGAUGAUGGCAUGGCAGUUGCAACAGGAUCCUGGGACAGUUUUCUGAAGAUCUGGAAUUGAAGCCUGAAGGUUUUAUUUAGUUUUUUUUUUUUUUUUCUUGUUUAGUUGUACAUUUUUAAUGUUUGUGUUUGGUAAGCCCCUUAAAUCCAAACUAUAGAGGGUAAGCACACAGUGGCACAGCCUGCCAGUGCCGUAUUGGCUGGAAGCGUUUCGGAGAGUUGAAUGGGACUCUGAUGGUUAAUAUCUGCUUAACCGCUAGAUGUCAUCAUAGAAAAUGAGGGUAAUCCCUGGGGGGUAAUGGAGUCUUAACUAAUGCUUCGCCCUUUUAACAAAUUAAUUUUUCACCUUUUAGUGCUUCACCUGUGGUGCUGUUCAACUUCCCUGAAGCUAACCAGCCAAUACAGUGAGCUGAAACAAGGAUAGGGUUUUAAGUGCUCCUCUAUUCAGCUCCUUCAAAGCUGGCAGCACAAGCUGCAUCUUUACUUCUUAGGAUUCUUUUGUGUCGAAUGAAAGUUACAUCGGGCAAGCUAAACAUAUCGGUUUCUUUUAAUCCUAAAGUUGUUUGUUUGUUUCCCAGAUGUUCUUUUAACUCCAAAGUUGACUGGAAGACCAUAACAACUUGAGAAUGUUCACAGCAUCUUCUUCAACACUGUUAAAACUGACUUGGACACCACAAAAAAAACAAAACAAACAAAAAAAAACCAGAAGGGAAACCAAUGCCUUUCCUACACAAAGAAGAGCACAAUUGUUUUAUCACCUAAUUAAGAAAGGAUCUCCUGUGGUAUCAAAUCAGAAACUUGUGCAUUCCUUCUUGGACCAUUUUAUGUUACCUUGAAAGAGAAAACAACACUAUUCAUCCCAUGCAAAUGUGUGCGUCUUGAAAGCAAAUGUUGGAGUGUAAUUGUACAAAUUAUUUAACUUUUUUUUUUCUUUUCUUUUUUUUAAGAUUUCUAUUCUGAUGGUUUGUUAUUCUUGACGGCUUUUUUUUUUCUUUUUUUUUUUUUCAUUCCUUCAGUGGUUUUAGAUAUGUUUGAAUUACAGCUAGUCUUUCUAUUCCAGGUAAAAUCAUAUAAAAUUCAUAAGGAAAACAUGUAAAGCUUGGAUCAUAUUACACAAACAGCUUUCAAAAUGUCCAUAAUGUAUUUAUAUUCUAGCUUUUUUUUGUUUGUUUCAUCACAGCUUUUUGCACAUAAAGCUUUGCCUUUCAACUAAUGCUAUGUUAACUAACCAAGCACCUGAUAUAAGUUAUGAAUGCUCAUUCCAGUACAAAAAAGAGUUGCAAGCGAAUAAUCCAGAUAACUUAAAUCUUGUCCAUGCUUACAUGAGAUCAAGUGAAACGGUGACAAAAUCUGAGGUCUAAUUGAAAUGUUUGAAAGGAUUUUUUUAUUCCGAUUCCACGUCGAAACACCUCGUCUGACUUAAUAGACACUUGCUUUUGCUUGGGACUGCAGUCGCAACUGAAUGAAAUGUACAAAUCAAUGUCUGAAAAUAAUGGUCUAUUUUAAGUUAUGACAUUUAAUUUUGUCUGCCAUGAGGUUCAUUUAGAUGUGCAUGCUGUAGACUUGCUUUCAGUGGUGCAAAAUCCUCCAUUCUUUUUUUUUUCUUUCUUUCUUUUCUUUUUUUUUUUUUUUUAAUUAUUAGUAUUACCUGAAGUGGAGAGUUGGUUGAUGCAAAGAGGCCCUUUCUCCAGACUCUGCAACCAUCACAUACUAAUACUGGUAACGCUAUGCACCAGAAUGAGCAAAAAUGGCGGAAGAAAUAUUAUUGAUUGCAUACUUCGUGUAAAUUACGCUUACCAGUUCUAUUAAUGCCAAUUUUUUGUAAUAAUUAUACCAAUAACUGUUUGAAUUCUGUCUUUGACAAGUCCUUUUCUCUCCUUUUAAAAUCCUCACUCUCAAUAGAACAAAAUGUCCUCACAUAUUGUCUAUACUAAAACUUUUGUACAUUUUUAUUUCUUGGUCUUAAAUUGAAAAUUUGGAAAAUCUGAAUGACAACAAUUCACUGUAUACAGAAGCACUUUUGUUAAAGGUUGUGACAUAUUUUCACUUUUCUUUUUCUCUGCAAUGAUGUACAAUAAAUGUGAUGUAUUCGUGUGUGGCCACAAGUGAAAAUGCAAUUCAGCCGAGAUGGAUUUCCUUUUCUCUUUCCAUUAAUAUUAUAGAGCUCUGCACCCUUAUGUACCUUUUCACUUUUUGUAUUUCAUUUCCGUCUGUUGGUGUUCCAUGGUGAGCUGGAUGCAAGAUAGAUACUGUACUAAAUUGUACUGUUAUUGAUUGAAAAUGUAAUAAAAAGCUGUUUGAGAUCUA